UUCUCAAAGAGAACCAAAGUUCAAAUAGAUAUGACGAUUACUACUUUGAGAUUGAAUUUUUGAUUCUGAAAGAAAAUUAUAUAUCUGUAAGAAAUUAUGAGGAACUCGAAUGCUGGAAAAAUAUUUCAAGAAAUUGAAGGAAUAAUUCCAACUUUGUUUUCCUCAAAUCCAAUUUGUCUGGGCAAAAUGUUCAGUUCAUGAAGUGACGAAUAAAAAGAAAAGAAUCACUCCGGCGACAUAGAGGACAGGACCGAAAGCUGGAAAAAUAAACUAGUCAUCAGCCGCCGCUGAUUAUCAGUUAUCAUCCCACGCGAACCAUCUCCGGUUCAGAUUUGCGUCUCAAAGUCUGAAAAUUUCGGUUUCGAGAAUGAUUCAGAAGAGACCCAGGUCUUCAGCUGCAGAAUCAAAAUCAGACAGAAUCGAAGACUCACCAGAAUUUCUUGGUUCCGAGAAACCCAAUUCUCAAAAGCAUGGUCUUUUCUCUUUGCCGAACAAGGUGUUUGUGUUCUGCUUGGCAUUUCGAAUUGCAAAUGCGCUUUUAUUGCAGACUUAUUUCAACCCAGAUGAACACUGGCAAGCCCUAGAAGUUGCCCACGGCAUCGCCUUUGGGUAUGGCCAUCUGACGUGGGAAUGGAAGAGGGGAAUUCGUAGCUACUUGCAUCCUUUGUUGUUUGCUUUUCUUUACAAAGUUCUGGCUCUACUCGGCCUUGAUACUCCAUUGUUCAUGAUGAAAGCUCCGAGGCUGAUGCAGUCCAUAUUCUCAGCUAUUGGUGAUUUUUACUUGUACAAACUCUCCAGUGUCCUCUUUGGGGAUUACGUUGCAAAAUGGGCACUGUUUUCCCAACUCACAAACUGGUUUAUGUUCUUCUGCUUCAAUCGAACUCUAUCAAACAGCUUAGAGACUGUUCUUACACUUGUCAGCUUGUAUUAUUGGCCUUGUAUAAGAAUUGCUCCCACCAAAUUUUCCAAGGUUUCAAGGAAGUUGGCUUUGUUUAUGGCAGCGUUAUCAUGUGCUGUUCGCCCAACAAGUGCGAUUACUUGGCUCUAUGUUGGUCUCCUCGAGCUGUGUACGGCACAUGAUCGACUAAGAUUUAUCUUCUUAGAGGCUGCUCCUAUUGGGACGUUGGUGCUUGGGAUUACAUGUUUGUUGGAUAGAUUAAUGUAUGGCUUCUGGAUCUUAGUACCUCUGAAUUUUCUAAAGUUCAAUGUUCUCUCCUCUGGUGGAGACUUUUAUGGAACUCACAAGUGGCACUGGUACUUCACCCAGGGUUUUACUGCCAUGCUCUUCAGUUUCGUUCCAUUUUCCAUUUCUGGCAUCAUCACCUCGAGAAAUUGGAAACUUACAGGUCUUAUCAUCUGGGUUCUGGGACUUCACAGUCUACUAGGUCAUAAAGAAUUCAGGUUUGUUCUGCCCAUUCUUCCAAUAACAUUGAUGUUCUCUGGCUAUUCAUUAGCCGCCCUCAGAUAUCCCGCUUCUCCAAAUGGUAGAAGGAAAAAAACGGGAGACGUCCACUCCAAACGCCCUAUCAAAAUGAAGUUGACCAUAAUAUUUUUGCUAGCUACAAAUAUCCCAAUGGGUUUAUACAUGAGUUUGGUUCAUCAGAGAGGAACAGAGGAUGUCAUGAAUCAUCUGGCUCGGAAAGCUGUGAAUGAGAAAGUCAAAAGCAUCCUCUUUUUGAUGCCCUGUCAUUCAACGCCUUACUAUUCCACUCUGCACCAAAAUUUACCAAUGCGGUUUCUGGACUGCACACCAAGCGAAGAGAAAGGAAUCCCAGUCGAGUCAGACCGUUUCUUGACGAACCCGCUUGAUUUUGCAACGGAAUUUGCUAAAAAUUGGUCUGUCCCAAGUCACAUUGUACUGUUUGAUUCAGAAGAGAGACUACUCAAGGACUUUCUGAUGUCACAUUAUUUCAAGGAGGAUAGGAGAUUCUUCCACGCUCACUUCAAGGUGGACCGCGAUCUUCAAUCUUCGGUGGUUUUGUAUGUCUUGGCCAACAAAAAACUAUAAUCUUAGCGGUUAGCAAUUUCCAAUUUUUGGGGUAACAACAAGAUUGCAAAUUUUGUGAGAAUAUUAGUGGUUUCGAGCUGUACAUUCCCAUGCCUCAAGGCUCAACCUUUGUUAUUAUAUUUAUAUACCAUCUUAACGAUCGAAUUUGACU